UUGACUCGUAAAAAUAUUAAAAAUCAAUGAAAUUAGUUCGAUUUCAAGUCCAGUUGAGGCUGUUUCAUCUUUUAUUACAAUUUUGAAAUCAAGCUCUACAUAUUUUACAACACAAAGCACAACACGAUCAUUUAAUCGAACUCUUUAGAGCCAUACUCUGUGUCUUCCAAUAUACUGCAAGCAAUUUAUUUUCUGUUGAUUGAUUUGUCUUUGACAGUGUCUGUUGUUGACAUAAGUGAUUUCCCACUUUUUUAUGUCAAUUUUUUAGCUAAAUACCUUUUGCAUUGGAUUUUAUUUUUACCAUGUUAUUGCAUCACAUGCAUCAGUUCAAUUCAAAAUGUUUCAAGUUAGAAUAGUGACAGUAGAUCACUAUAUGUCCACCCCUAUUCCAGGCUUGGAUAUAAGCUACUCAGAGUUUCGAAAAUCUGCAAUUAAACAAGUGCCUGUCAUCAGAAUAUUUGGCACUACACCUACUGGAGAGAAGACGUGUGUUCAUGUUCAUGGAGUCUUCCCAUACAUAUGUAUCCCAUAUGAUGGAUCAGAGCCGCACUUAAAACUGUCUUAUCAACUGGCUGCUAGCCUUGACAAAGCUAUCAACAUAGCAUCUGGCUAUUCUAGUUCUAACAUACAGCAUGUGUACAAGGUUGUGCUAGUUUCAGGAGUCCCAUUUCAUGGCUACCACCGUAACAAACAUCAGUAUUUGAAAGUUUACUUUUAUAAGCCAUCUGUUGUUAAGCAGGCAGUUAGUUUACUGCAGAAUGGAGCAAUUAUGAACAAGGUGUAUCAGCCUCACGAGGCACACAUUCCAUUUAUUUUACAAUUUUUUAUUGAUUUCAACCUUUACGGGAUGAGUUUUAUUGACUUUUGUUCUGUUAAAUAUCGACAAACAAAUUUUCCAGAGCUGCUUGCCAAGUUACCCCAUGAUAGUUUUGUACCAGAAACUAUUCCAGCAAUGAGUUGUAGUCAGUAUGAAGUGGAUGUGGUGGCUGCUGAUAUUUCAAACCGCCCUUCAUCUCAGGGUAAUGGACAGUUAAAUAAUCCAGGCAUUGGUGCCAUAUGGGAGGAUGAAAGGAGGAGGAGGUCCAUGACUCCAGGGACUCCACUUCCCAUCCCACAACUUCAUUCCCAAAGACCUCCUCUGAAACCUACAGCAAGCGAAAUAUUUUUUCUCAGAAGACUGGAAGGCAUUAUUAAUAGUGCAUCUCAGGAGGACAAUUCAGGAGAACCAGUUUCAAACAAAUCAUAUGCCAUGGAAGAACCUACGAACAAUCCAGCUUUAGAUGCAUCUUUUGUUAGCCUCCAUGCCACAGAGGUCUAUCCACAACAACCCAUAGUGGACACUAUUGUUAAUGAGGAUCUGGCUCUUCAAAAUUCACCUUCAAGCCAGCGUCUUUUAGAUAAAAGUUUAGCAUUGGAUCAUGAUGACUUUGAACUUCUUGAUGUUUUGGAAGCACUUGCCGUCACUGGACCGGCUGCUGUUGAUGAUGACAGUGUGCUCGGUUCCCAAACAGUUCGGGCCAACCCAGCAGACGAGGACACCAGUGAUGAUUCUGGAGAGGAUGAAAAGUGGCAGGAUAGGACCAUUGUCCCAGAGGAGGACAAUGUUUUGCAGCUUUUUGACUUGAGUUUGCCUAACAUUGAUGAAAACCCAGCAUUAUAUAAUCUGAUUCAUGAACCUCAGCCAGGUCCAUCAGGGUUGCAGCACAAUAAUGUAGAAUCCAAAAUUCCACAAGUGGAUGGGACCAGUGACUGCCCUAAGAAACCCGGUGCUCCAAGGAGAAAGACAAGAAUUCCUCAGGUUGAUGGGUUAAGUGAUCUUAAAAAGAAUCCAGGCAGGAAAAGUUUGGGAAUGCGUGGUGGUUUGAGUCAUUCAUCAAAAGCAAGUACCAGCAGGGAAAAAUACCGUCCUGGAGGUGGGUUGAUUUUUCAAACUCGGAAGACUGUUGAUCAGUCAACAGCUGCAGCUCCCGAGUUAAUAGAGCCAACUCAGUCAGUACUGUCUUUCCCCAACAUUAUCUCUAGCUUAGAGGUUGGUCGGGCUGACGUGGAUACUCAUAGCUUGCCUCCUGACACACCCUUAGGCUCAGGGAACCCAAUUCAAACUGAACCCAGUGAAGUUGAUCAUUUUUCUCAGUCAACUGUCCAGAACACAUUGGAUCAGGAGGAUUUGGCUGGCCUACUUCCAUUAUCUGAAGUGUUCAUAGGGCCAUGCUCCAUUGUGAACUCUGAACCUCCUGGUGAAGAGAUAAUACCCUAUUUUCCGGUAGAUGUUCCCCUUCAGACCUCUGCGGGCUGUGAAGACUGUGGGGGAGAUUGUGAGAGAGAGGGUCACUGUGCCGAUGAAUAUAUUAGCACUUUAAAGAGUAAAGGAGGGGAACCUAUUCUGAGAGGUGAUCCACUGUUUUAUCCUGAACAUCCACCUGGAAAAGACGAUUCCUUCACUGAGAUGCUCACCGGACAUGGAGCCAUUAACGACGACCAAAUAAAUUUGGCUUCUUCAACAAUUGUUGAGAAAGCCGACAUAAACAAAGCACCAUUACGAAAAUCCACCAGGCUUAGCAAGGAAAAUAAACUCGAGGUCUCAAGUAUUCCUUCUAGCAAACCCUCUAAAGUUGCCGGAUAUGUUUCAUCUGUCAGGCCUUCUGUGGAUCUUGAGGACUCCACCAUAUUUUCGCCUAGUUCUGAGGAUGAGAAUGAACCAACUGGUAUCCCUGGGUUCACCAACACUAUGUAUGAUGAAAUCAGUAAAUCUUUGGCAUGGGGUCCUUCUAACAAUGAUGCUAGUUGUUCUGACAGUGAAAUGAAUCGCCUCUCAGAAGCUCUGGAAAACGAUCAAAUGGAGGAAAUUCUGCAGACUGGUUCUGAUGAAUUUUCAUCACAACCAGCUACAUCCAGGAGAGAAGAGCUACUUGCAUUUGUGGACAAGCAGAAAGAGAUUGAGGAACAGACUGAAACUGAUCCUGUCACAGAUGCGCUGUUGCACAGAGGACGUAAACCUUUGGCUGGUCCUCCAAGACUUGGGAAGAACAUGGACCUUUGCAAAAUGCACUGCAGCACACCGCUGCCAUCUAACAUCAAAGCUGCUGCCAAACAAUCUAACAGAGUGUUAAGAAGGCAGCUAAGAGAAAAAAGAACAAGAAAACUGUCGCUUUCAGCCCAAAAGCGGUCGAAAGCAAGACCUUUUAAUUUAAAACCGUGCUCUGUACAAUUAGUUAAGUUGACCAAAGCAAAUUUAUAUGAUGUUUGUCAAGAGCACCAAGUAAAAAUGCUUGACAAUUGGUUUAUAUCGGAAGAAACUCCAGAAACUCCAGAAACUUUUAACUCUGAAAUUGAUAUGGAAAUGAGUAAGCCACUAGCAAGCAGGAUCAGUUCAUCUAAAUUGUGUGUUACUAAAUCAUCUAUAAUGCGUAGUGGUAAAAGUCGCAGGUCAAGCAUAAAUCAAAAGUCUUCUCAGAAAUCCAUUGAAUGUAAAAUAUCUCUUCCAAAACCCCUCAUUGGUAGCUUCAAAAGUAAGAUGGCUUCAAGAAAUACUGUGUCAACCCCACAUAAAGAACUGUCCGCUGAAUCUUUAAAAUCUGAUUCGCCUGUAAGUGUGAAACGCGGUCGCGGAAGGCCCAAAAAAUCUGUAAAUGUCAGUUUGAAAUCAGAAGACAGCUAUCCAUCACUUAUAAGUGAAGAAGUUGUGAAUGGAGACACUGUAAAUGAAACAACCAGUACAAGAACUGAAGAACCCAUGGCAGAAGAAGGAAAAAAAGUAUCUGAAGCAUUAAAAUUUACUUCUUGUGUUAGAACCACCCCUACAUCUAUCAAAAUAUAUCGCUCACCACCUAAUAUUAAUAUGAAAUCACGGUCUCCUUCCCCUACUAAUAGAACUCAAACAUGUCUGAACUUGUCAUCUCCUUAUGAUGGUCCUAAAAAUGUAAAGAAGACGAGGUCGGCCACAAACAACCAGGAGCUAAAACCUAAAGCCUCUACAUCUUGUACAGAGAAGCCAAGAGCAGAGCAUUUUAAAGUUGAGAUUCCUGCUUCUUCAAAUUUGAGUAUUGAUGUGGAUUCUAACACAUCACCAUCUUCUAAAGGUAGGAGAAAGAAACCAUCACAUCAGAUGGCUUUAAAGAUUAAUUGCUUAGAGAACAAUCCAGAGACAUUCUCUGAUAUUGUUCCUGAAAGCAGUACAUCAUCUCAAGUACCUGUUCCUGAAAACAGUACAUCACCUCAAGUACCUGUUCCUGAAAACAGUACAUCAUCUCAAGUACCAAAAAAUAUGAAGACCAUUGAUGUAAGCAAUAAUGGUCUAUCAACAGACUGGCAUGAGAAGACAUUAGAAGUGGUUCCUCAAAUAAACAUGAAGACAGAAUCCCAAAAUACUCCACACAUUCAUAUUUCAACAGCUGGUAACUGUUUCAAAAAUAUUGCGGAAGAGAAUUCAGAAACUACCUCAAGAAUACCUGACAAAGUGCCGAAAAGUGACCUGGAAAGUAAAUCUACAUCAAAGAAAACAACGAGCAGCUCCUCCCAAAAGAGCAGCUCCUCCCAAAAGAGCAGCUCCUCCCAAAAGAGCAGCUCCUCUCAAAAGAGCAGCUCCUCUCAAAAGAGCAGCUCCUCUCAAAAGAGCAGCUCCUCUCAAAAGAGCAGCUCCUCUCAAAAGAGCAGCUCCUCCCAAAAGAGUAGUUCCUCCCAAAAGAGCAGCUCCUCCCCAAAGAACAGUUCCUCCCAAAAGAGCAGCUCCUCUCUUAAAGGCAGCUCCUCCCAAAAAAGCAGCUCCACACAAAAAAGCAGCUCCUCUCAAAAGAACAGCUCCUCUCAAAUGGGCAGCUCCUCCACUAGGGGCAGCUCCUCCGCAAAGAAGCAAGUGAGCUGCGAAGAUGAAUUGGAAACGCAAGCAGAUGCUGAAACAAAACUAACAUCUAGCAUUCAAACCAGGAGAAGAGGCAGCAACUGUGCAGACACACACAGCAUUUUACCAUCUACUAACUCCGUCUUAAAUAAACAUAAAGAAGAUCUCCUCAAAAAUUUUAAGAUUCCGAAAAAUACGAAAAAUAAAUCUGAUUUGCAUUCAACUGAAGCCUGUUCACCCUUAAAUAGUUUGAUCACUGACAGUCAUUUUGAUGGGAAUUCCAAUGCCGAAUCCAGUAAUCAAGGACAUGUCCCGCAGAUACCCCAUAAUUCAGUAGCACAGCAGACGAAUCACUUGAAACGAAAAUUUCCAGAACCUCUGGAUGAUUCAUCUAUAAGUAUCAAAAAGAUACCUGAUAUUGCUAAUACUUCAGGAGAGGAAAGCUCUGUUGCUCCACCUGAAAUAAAAACCCCCAAAUCUGUAGCUUACUGGUUUGCGAAGCCUUUUGCACCUUGGAGUUUCUGGUCUCCUUGUACGUCUCCCAGAGCACACCAUCAUGCACAUCUCUUUUCUCCACCUCGGCCAGUCUCUCCCGUGACCAAGUCCAGUCAGUUGGAUCUUCCUCCUGUUGGACCAAGCUGCAUGGUUGAGGAAGACGACAUUAUGAAGGAAUCAAACACAACUAAGAAUAGAUCAUCAACUUCCAUGUCUAAUUUGUCUGGAGACAUUUUUUUAUGUUCUCAAAGUAAUGAUGUGUCACAACAGAAAGAUUUUCAACAAGGUUCAACAAGUCCUGCAUUACUUGAAUCUAUCAAAGUUCAAGAUAGCAGUCAAGAAUGUUCAGAUAUAUUUAGCGAAGAAAAUGUUGUAUUAGCUCAAGAAAAUGAGGUAGCAAGUGAGUACUACAGUGAUGGUGCAGAUGCAGAUGGAUCUCUCUCAUGUACACCAUCCCUUUGUAGAAGAGACUGUGAAGUUGACAAGUUCAGUGGAGACUCAUCAGAUCUACCUUGUGGCCAGUUUGUUCAAGCCAGUUCUGAAUGGAAACCUUUGAUGAAACGUACCCAUUCUCUUGUGUUCACAAAACUACAGAAACCUCCAUCAAGAAGGGAAGUUGUUGACAGUUUGUCAACACUAAAUUUACCGGAUCUUAUCUUUGAAAAACCAUUCUUUAGCAACUUCCUUGAUGUUAAAGGUAAAAUGGAGGUAGGAGGCACUGUACUUGACUUAACAAGUAAAUCAACUUGUCAUCUUGAAGAAUUUAAAAGUAGUAUUCCUGGACUUGUUGGACUCCUGGAACAACAAAAGCAUGUAGUUGAAUCUUUGUGGGGCUUGAGUCAAGUGAAAACAAGUUUUAACCAUGUCAUGAUAAAUCAUGUGAAAACGAGAGUGACUAGUAUAGUACCCCUGAGAAGGCCACCAACUGUGCAAGAUGUUGUGGCUUGGAACAAAGCUCGACGUGUCUUGCACCAAACUUCCCACUUACCUUCACUGGGGUUAAGAACAGACGAAGAUUUAGGUGUGCAACCACUUCAAGCCUCCACUACUUCGUUACGUUUGCAGUUCAACAACAGUCAUGAUAAUUCUGCAGUAAAAGAUCUUCUUGAAGACACUCAAUUUUGUCGUGAUGUAGCAGGUCCAUCUUUUCGUAAUGACCCCAAUGCAUCAGCUUGUCAGGUUAAAGGUGUUAACUCAUCACCAGGUUUCAAAAUGGUUCUUGAAAAUCUUCAAUCUGCAAAGACGCUGAAAGAGUAUCAGUACAUCACAAUUUUGUCUAUGGAAAUUCAUAUCUGCUCGUGUGGAACACUGAACCCCAAUCCAGAGAGGGAUUCUAUUAGAGCCGUCUUCUACCAUGUUUCGAAUGAUGUUCCAAUUAAUUUUAAAACUCCCUCAGAGCUGACUGGUAUCAUAGCAGUAAAUGACGCUUCUUGCAAGACACCUGUUCUAGAUGUAUGUGGCAUUGAUGGAUUUGUGGAAUAUGCCAAUGACGAGACAGCUCUAUUAAGAAUGCUAGUAGGAGUAGUUAAGAAGUGGGACCCAGAUAUUCUUGCCGGCUUUGAGAUUGAGAUGCUGUCGUGGGGCUAUGUGCUUCAGAGAGCCAGUGUGCUAGGUGUUAACCUUCUUAAUGAAUUGUCAAGAAUUCCUAACCAGAAAGAAGGAAAGAUAACUGAUGACUUUGAUGAAAACAACGGACUUGGUGGACUCAAAAUUACUGGUCGCAUUGUUUUGGAUGGUUGGAGGCUGUUUAGAUCAGAAGUUCCUUUACAAAGCUAUACUUAUGAAAAUUUGAUGUAUCAUGUACUUCACCAACGGGUGAGCUGUCACUCAUUUGCAACACUGUCUCGCUGGUGGGAACAUCCAACUCGUCUUUAUCGAUGGAUGACUGUGCGCUACUAUCAACAAAGAGUUAAUGGAUUGAUUAGACUUUUAGAUCAACUUGAUAUCAUUGGCAGAACCAGUGAACUUGCAAGAAUUUUUGGUAUACAAUUUUUUGAGGUUUUGUCAAGAGGAUCUCAGUUCCGAGUGGAGUCAAUGAUGCUAAGAUUGGCUAAACCCAUGAACUAUAUCCCAGUUUCACCGUCAGUUCAACAGAGAGCUCACAUGAAAGCACCAGAGUGCUUGCCACUCAUAAUGGAGCCCGAAUCAAGAUUUUAUAGUGAUCCUCUUAUUGUUCUGGAUUUUCAAAGUCUAUAUCCUUCCAUGAUAAUAGCCUACAACUAUUGCUUUUCUACAUGCCUGGGCCGCGUGGAACAUCUAGGGAAAUCAUCACAUUUCGAGUUUGGAUGCACAGAGCUUCGGGUUAAUAGAGAUCAUUUACAAGAAUUAAAAGACAAUAUUUCUGUGUCACCAAAUGGUGUUGCAUUUACAUCAAAGACAUUGCGACCGGGUAUUUUACCUCGAAUGCUCGAGGAGAUUUUGGAAGCUCGACUUGCAGUUAAGCAGUCAAUGAAACACCACAAGAAUGAUCAUACUUUGCAAAGAGUCCUGCAUGCUCGUCAAUUAGGACUAAAGCUCAUUGCGAAUGUGACCUAUGGUUAUACUUCUGCCAAUUUUUCUGGACGAAUGCCUUGUAUUGAGAUAGGUGACAGUAUAGUCAGUAAAGGAAGAGAAACUCUGGAACGAGCCAUUUCUUUGGUUCAUGGAAAUGGCGAUUGGGGAGCCCGUGUCGUUUAUGGAGAUACUGAUUCCUUGUUUGUAUUGGUACCUGGCAGGAGCAGGCAAGAAGCUUUUCGAAUAGGUGCAGAGAUAGCAGCAGCAGUUACUCAAGAUAAUCCAACACCUGUUAAACUGAAACUGGAGAAAGUUUAUCAACCUUCAAUUUUGCAAACUAAAAAACGAUAUGUUGGGUACAUGUAUGAAAGUGCCGAUCAAAAACAGCCGGUGUAUGAGGCAAAAGGUAUUGAGACUGUUAGAAGAGAUGGUUGCCCAGCUGUUGUCAAGAUGCUUGAAAAGUCCUUGAGAAUUCUUUUUGAAACAAGUGAUGUGAGUUCUGUGAAGAAUUAUGUCACUCACCAAUUUACCAAAAUUUUAUCAGGAAGAGCUAAUGUGCAGGACCUCAUAUUUGCAAAAGAAUACCGUGGCAAAAAAAAUUAUCGCCCUGGUGCUUGUGUUCCUGCUCUAGAGCUGACCAAACGAUGGCUUCGUCAAGAUUGCAGAGCAGAACCUCGCAUUGGUGAAAGAGUCCCUUAUGUCAUUGUGAAUGGUCCUCCAGGGUCAACUUUGAUUAAUCUUGUACGGCAUCCAAAUGAACUGCUGACAGACCCAAGUUUAAGAUACAAUGGGGUAUACUAUGUAACCCGUGCUAUUAUACCACCACUUGCUCGCUGUCUUUCAUUGCUGGGUGCAGAUGUUUCUUCAUGGUAUUUGAAUUUACCACGUAGAAAUCAGGUAAUGCUACCUUCAACCGCUCAGACAGGACUCAAAAAAACCAUUUCACAAUAUUUUACCACAAUGGAAUGUGCUUGCUGCGGAGAUCUUACAAAUGCAGGAGUUUGUGAAAAGUGCAGUUCCAAUCCUCAACUUCUUGUGUCAUCACUAUCAAGCAAGAUACAUCAAUGGGAAUUUACUGAUUUGUCUAUAACCAAGAUAUGCCAAUCAUGUCUUGGCCGCUCUCAGCCUCUUGAUUGCUGCUCUCUAGAUUGCCCCAUCACCUACCGCCGUCACCAAUCUUCUCAAAGAAAAGAGCAAUCAGCUUUUGUUUCCCGCCUCCUCAAUGACUUCAUGAAUUCAGCUCCUUAGCCAGUGCAUGUAUUUACAAUUAUUAGUAUUUUAUAGCAUUUGGCAAUCUAUCACUGUAUGUUGUGUCUGUUUCCUUCUUAAUGAAUUAAUUUCCUUAUCUUAAAACUGGAAAGAAAGGUAUAUUCUCCUUCUGUCCCUUUUUUUUCUUUAGACAAGCUUAAUUAAUGUGCAUCAUUGCAAAAAUCUGAUUUGCAUGUUUUUAUAUGUUUAGAUGGGGUUAUAGUAUAUUUUACUUUGAAUAUUAAGCCAAAUCACUGCUUACCAAAGACUCUGUAGUCAUAAAUAGCACUGUCCUGGCAUCGAUUUCAUUAAUAUUGUGACUUCAUUUGUACCACAGAUGUUUCAACAGUUUUACUUUUUUCCAAUUAUAUGAUCAAUUGAUAUUCUCAACUCGUAUUACUAUUACCAUGUGAUUAUUAUGUAUGAAGGUACCCUUAAAAUUCCCUGUAAAGUAAGGCAGAGUCUAUUUUCUUGUAUAGGUAAAUGCCAAAAAUUUAGUUCUUAUGUGACAGAGUUAGAAAUAAGUACACUUAUUUUAAUAUGGAAGAGCUUUAGUUAAGAUAUAUUUU